GAAACAUUUAAUGUUAAUGUAUGUGAAAGGGACUUGAAAGGGACUUCUUUGCGGCGAAGGAGGUUCUGUCGAGAGAACAGAACCGUGACGAAUGCGGAAGUGUUUAUGUUGUAACUGGUUUAGUUCAGUGGCGUGUACUAAAAUAAAAUGACCGAGUCUAAAGCGAAAAAUAUCAGCGCUAUUCCAAUCGAUGGAUUCAGCAAUCUUCGCAUCACAUCAUUAUGGAGCUUUCUACAGUCUGUUGACUGGUCUGAACCCUGGCUGAUGGGUCUGCUGGCCUUCCAUGUCUUGUGUUUAGGUUUCACCAUCCUGUCCUGCAAAUACUACCGCCUGCAGAUCUGUCAUUUUCUCUUAAUGGUCGCUAUGGUUUACAGUGCAGAAUACCUGAAUGAGCUGGCAGCGAUGAAUUGGAGGUCUUUUUCAAAGUUCCAAUACUUUGAUUCCAAAGGAAUGUUCAUUUCACUAGUAUACUCAGUCCCGCUCUUGCUCAACACUGUUAUUGUUGUGGCUGUGUGGGUGUGGAGGACCUUCUCAACUAUGACAGAUUUAAAGAUAAUGCAAUUAAAGAGAAAAGCUGCCAGAGAGAACAAAAAAAUGCAAUAGAAGACAUGAACAGGAUGUGCUUAAUGUCCAGUGGUGGAGGGCAAAUAUAGUGGGAAAAAAAGACUGUUUAGUAUGGUGUGAUCAUUAGAAAAUAUGUGGUGGUGAAGGCUCUUAAGUAUUAUUUCAGAUUGCUGAUGGAUGAUUACUCCACCUGCUAGCAGAACAUUUGAUUUUAUCAAAUCAUAAUACUAUCAAACCUAUUGGACAAAGCCAUCAACUGUAUUAUGCAACUGCUUUGUGUACAUAUUGACCAUUCCAGAGCUCAAUUUUGCUUAUUUGUCUGUUGUUAACAUUGAAUGGAUUGUAUAAAACCCUGUUUUUGAGUGUCGGACGUGUAGAUUGUGUAUUUAUGUCAAUAAACUGAAUGUUGUUGGUUUUUUAUAGA